ACAAAAUCGAUGGCAAUUAGAAAGAUCGGACAAUUACUUGCAAUCAACUUGGAAAAAUUGUAUGUAAAUAAAUAUUUUGAUUAUAAUCAAUAAAUUGUUUUUUUUCGCAUUAAAGUUAUAUCGAUUGGUGGAGUUUAUAUCCAAGAAAAGGACGUUUUAAUCGAAAUUUUUCAAUAUAAAUCGUUUGAUUUAAAUUUGGAUUCAUCUGUUCAAAAUAGUUUUCGUUAUGUUGUAUACUUGAAUGCACAUGAUGAUGUGGUGGAUAAUCGUUUCACCAAUUUGGUAAAACAAUGGUUGAAUGGUCCAAUGAAAAGCAUGUCCAAUUUGUAUGGUCUAUUCUUAGAGAAAGAACUCAAAUUAAAAGAUAAUCAGUAUUUUUUUCCUGAUAUAAUCAUUGAGACAAUGUUCAAGAUAGAAAAUGAAUAUGCGGAAGAGAUUCCUGAGAAAAACUAUGCAUUUGUUUCGAUUAACGAAUUUCAGAUGUAUUAUUUUUUCAUCAGGGUUGCCAAUCAAAACAAUACCAAUAGCUAUUGGAGAGCAUAGUAAGUUUCGAAGACACAAAAAAAAAUUACUUAGAUUUUCAUUACAAAAAAAAUGUCAGUGGUUAUGAAUACGAAAAAAAGACUGGCCAAUGGGAUAAUGGGUUUCAUAUGGAUGGAGAAAAAUUUCAGGUUACAGGUGCAGUCGAACUUGAAUAUAAAACAUUUCUUUACAUAUAUGAUAAUGAAUUUGGCUAUGCAUACGGUUUGGAAAUUCUUGGUGUUUUGCCAUUGAAAAUCGACACAAAAACGGUAUGAUAUAAGUUUGAUUAGAGAUGUCAUGUUUUUUAUCUCAAAUUUGUAGAUUAAUAUUCAACAAAAUAUUUGUGAUUCGGAGCAAUUAUAUAAGCUGGGAUGGGACAAAAUGAAAAAUCGAUUUUUUAUAAUUAUGGUUACUCUGGUAGUUUCAAUAUUGACGAUAACAAGUGUUUUUUAUUGUAAUCGAAAUUCAGCUUUUUUCCGUCAUGGUCUAGCUCAUCAUAUCCAACGGGGAAAUGAAGUAGAUGUGAUACGUUUGAGUGCUGUUUCUGAGCCAAUAGCGGAUGUACCAAGUAAAUACAUUUUCCAACAAAAACUUGGACACAGUUCUAGGUACAUUGACAUGAAACAAAAACAUGAAGAUGAGACGGCUUUAAUUCUGGAAAUCAAACGUUUGGCUAGGCAAAUCAUUGAUGAAAAAUGAGCCAAAAUUUCAAAAAUUGUUUCAAAUUUCGAGCCAUGUGUGUGUGUCUAUGUACUGUUCAAAAUAAACGAUACACAUUGAAAAGAGCGUUUCGUUUUCCGUCUCUUUUAUUUAUUCAUAUAUAUUGUCUAAUUAUCAUCAUAUAUCAUUGUUGUAUCGCUCAUUCGAAUUUGAAGUGAUUAUAAAAAUGAUUCUUAAAAAUCGACCUAAUAAUGUCAAUUACAAUUUAUAUAUACAAUGCUAAUCAUUUGUUUCACAUUAAUCUUAGGAGUACACAAUGUACACCAAAAAGAAAAUUAUUCACCCACCUUAUCUUCUCCAUUAUUAUGGCGUCCAUCGUCACAUGCAGUAGCCCAACAAGUUGUUUUUCACACUAUCAAUUUUACCAUUCAAUCACCAUGUUCAGAAUUUAUUGAAAUUUUAUCAUUCAAGUUUAAAAAUGAAUCAUCGAACAAUGAUAAUCAGUCAAUAAAACAAUAUCAGAUCUGGUGCCAAAACCUAUACAAUCAAUUGAUUAUUGGCCAAAUUCGCGAAAAUUGCCCUUUGGUCGAUAAAAUUCGAAUUCAAAUGCCUGAUAUGAGGGGCAAUAAUAUUUCUAAGCGUUCAUUGCCAGAGAACAUUGUAUCAUUCAAAUGGAUUUCAGUGGUCACCGCUUUGGGCUUCUUCACUAAAGAAUUAUUCUCGAAAUUCGAUACCGAAGCCAGAUUGAAUGAACUUGAAUUAAAUAAUGCUCAACGAAUGCAAUUUUUCGAAUGGUCACAACAAACAUCAAAUGAAAUUCAUCAUGAAAUAUUUCGACAAAUGUUGCUGCUAUCUCAAGAUGUAGAUAAAUUAUCAUACCGAUUGUCGGAACAAAACCUAUUAAAUGUUGCAUCUUCUACUCUUUACAUGUCAAUCAGUUCUAAAUUAUAUCAGGUUGAUUCAUAUUUCAAGAAUUUUUUUGAAUCAUUAAGAAAGAAUAAAAUUUCUAAAGAUUUCGAAUAUCUUUUUCCCAAUUUGACCCUAUGUAAUUCAAAUGAAAAGUGUCCCCGUGAAUAUUGGACUGGUUAUGGUUGUGAAACAUUGGUUUCAAAUGAAAUUGAUGGUAAUAUUGUCAACAUGGUGCUAAAAUUAUCUACCGUUGUCGUGCAUUCAAUUUACAGAAUCGUUGAAGUCGAUCCAUUUGUCAUCAGGAAAUCUCAAGAUGAAACAUCAACUUGUUUUUAUGAAUACAAUGGCCGUCAAUUAUUUUUAUACAAUUCUAAUACUGAUUGCAUCAAAGACAUAGUUAAUCAUAAACUUAAAAAUCCUUCAGCUAUUAUGUUUGCCUAUGAUUUUGAAAAUUCAAAUAUAAUGAAGACACGUUGCUCAAAUUGGCCAGAUUUUUUGGAUGAAUAUUGGCGUCAAUCCUAUUGUAAAAAGACAAAAGAUUUAUUCGCCGAAGAAAUUGUACAAAUAAAAACUGAUAAUAAUUUCAUCUACAUCUAUUGUUUUGCCUAUAAUUUGACCAUUUUUAAUGAUGAAUAUAAAAAUCGGUCUUUCAUAUGUGACAAUAUCAUUUAUCAAUUGAAUCGUAAUACAUCAUUCAUGAUUGGUAACACAUCUUUUAUUGUGCAGCAUAAACAUCAACACGUUUGGUCUUAUUUGGUGCCUAUCAAAUAUGGAACUAUCGAUUCUAGUAAUGAGACUAUUGUUGGUAAAUACCUUCGUGAACAUGGUCAGCAAUUGAUACGAAAACAUCAUGCCCAUUCUGUGUUGUUAGGUCAACGUUUCGAGAAGCUAAAAAACCUACUUGAAUAUGAAAAUAAACUAUUUAAUGAAACGAAAAAUGAUCACUUCAAAUUGAUCAGUUUUCUUCAUGCUCGAGUUGUACCCAUGGUUUUAUUGUUUCUUCUUCUUAUUACUUGGCUAAUAAUGCUUAUCGCUUGUUUUUACUGCAAUUGUUGCUGCUGUUCUUGUUCUAGUUUUUUAUGUUGUUGUAAAAGAAGACAUCGUUCCAAACGCAAUCAACGAAAAUAAAUCAAUUUUGAACAU